GUAAGGUGGAGACAAAACAACCAAAGACAGACAGACUGACUGACAGGGAUAUACAGAAAGAACCCUUGUGCUUUUACUGACCACUGAUUGACCAUUGGCUAGUGGCUAGAUUCACAGAGAGGAUACAGUUCUCUGGUUUUCAUCAGGCAUCCAUAUCCCAGGUGGGGGUGGAAGGUCCUAUAUAUAGGGGCAGUACUCAGUGACAUCCCUUCCUGAAAUAGGAGAAUAUUUCGUGGGCUAUCAGCGGAACAGAGUGUGAGCUCCAGAAACCGAACAUGACUGAAAAUGGACUUGGGAACCGGGUGCUUAACAUGGACACCAUGAACCCGAAUGUAAAGCGGGUUGAGUAUGCUGUCCGUGGUCCAAUCGUGCAACGCGCAUUGCAGAUUGAAAAGGAGCUCAAAGAGGGGGUUGAGAAGCCUUUUACAGAGGUCAUCAAGGCCAACAUUGGUGAUGCGCAUGCUAUGGGCCAGAAACCAAUCACAUUUCUCCGACAGGUUGUAGCGCUCUGCACCUACCCAGAUCUCUUAGAAGACGACAAGUUUCCAGAGGACGCUAAAAAUAGAGCACGGCGCAUCCUUCAGGCCUGUGGAGGGGGAAGUAUAGGUGCAUACAGUGCUAGUCCAGGCAUUGAGAUCAUACGACAGGAUGUGGCUAAAUAUAUUGAGAAGCGGGACGGUGGCAUCCCCAGUGACCCCGACAGCAUCUACCUCUCCACCGGGGCCAGUGAUGCCAUAGUGACCAUGCUAAAGUUGUUGACGUCAGGCGAGGGGAAGAACCGUACAGGGGUGAUGAUCUCCAUCCCUCAGUACCCCCUCUACUCUGCUGCUCUGGCUGAGCUGGCGGCUGUCCAGAUCAGCUACUACCUGGACGAGGACAAGUGCUGGAGCCUGGACGUCAAUGAGCUGAGGAGGGCUGUGAAGGCAGCCAGGGAGCACUGUAACCCCCGCGCCCUCUGCAUUAUCAACCCUGGCAACCCCACAGGUCAGGUCCAGAGCAGGCAGUGCAUUGAAGAUGUGAUCCGAUUCGCUGCUGAGGAGCACCUUUUCCUGAUGGCUGAUGAGGUGUACCAGGAUAAUGUGUAUGCGGAGGGUUGCCAGUUCCACUCCUUUAAGAAGGUUCUGUUUGAGAUGGGACCAGAGUACUCCAGUGUUGUGGAGCUGGUCUCUUUCCACUCCACCUCCAAAUGCUUCAUGGGAGAGUGUGGUUUCAGAGGAGGGUACAUGGAGGUGGUUAACAUGGACCCUGAGGUGAAGUUGCAGCUGACUAAGCUGGUGUCUGUGCGGCUGUGCCCCCCCAUCCCUGGGCAGGCCCUACUGGACCUGGUGGUCAAUCCCCCUCAGCCUGACGAGCCUUCCUAUGCCACCUUCAUUAAGGAGCGUACUGCCAACCUGGAUAUCCUGGCUGAGAAGGCCAAGAUGACAGAGCAGGUCCUCAACACGGUCCCAGGGAUCCACUGUAACCCUGUCCAGGGAGCCAUGUACACCUUCCCCCGCCUCUCACUGCCAGAGAAAGCCAUCAACGCGGCAAAGGAGAAAGGCCAGGCUCCAGACAUGUUCUACUGUAUGAAGCUGCUGGAGGAGACUGGUAUCUGCCUGGUUCCAGGUAGUGGCUUCGGGCAGAGAGAUGGAACCUACCAUUUCAGGAUGACCAUCUUACCUGCAACUGAAAAGCUGAAGGUUGUAUUGGAAAAGAUCAGGGAGUUUCAUAAGCGGUUCACAGAGGAGUUCUCAUAACCCCACUCCUCUUCCCAGUCUGGUCUGUAACAAAACCCCACUCCUCUUCCCAGUCUGGUCUGUAACAAAACCCCACUCCUCUUCCCAGUCUGGUCUGUAACAAAACCCCACUCCUCUUCCCAGUCUGGUCUGUAACAAAACCCCACUCCUCUUCCCAGUCUGGUCUGUAACAAAACCCCACCCAUCUUCCCAGUCCGGUCUGUAACAAAACCCCACCCAUCUUCCCAGUCCGGUCUGUAACAAAACCCCACCCAUCUUCCCAGUCCGGUCCGUAACAAAACCCCACCCAUCUUCCUAGUCCGGUCCGUAACAAAACCCCACCCAUCUUCCCAGUCCGGUCUGUAACAAAACCCCACCCAUCUUCCUAGUCCGGUCCGUAACAAAACCCCACCCAUCUUCCCAGUCCGGUCUGUAACAAAACCCCACCCAUCUUCCUAGUCCGGUCCCUAACAAAACCCCACCCAUCUUCCUAGUCCGGUCCCUAACAAAACCCCACCCAUCUUCCUAGUCCGGUCUGUAACAAAACCCCACCCAUCUUCCUAGUCCGGUCCGUAACAAAACCCCACCCAUCUUCCCAGUCCGGUCUGUAACAAAACCCACCCAUCUUCCUAGUCCGGUCCGUAAGAAAACCACACCCAUCUUCCUAGUCCGGUCCGUAACAAAACCCCACCCAUCUUCCCAGUCCGGUCCAGUCUGUAACAAAACCCCACCCAUCUUCCCAGUCCGGUCCAGUCUGUAACAAAACCCCACCCCUCUUCCCAGUCCGGUCCAGUCUGUAAUAAAACCCCACCCCUCUUCCCAGUCCGGUCCAGUCUGUAAUAAAACCUCAACCCUCUUCCCAGUCUGGUCUGUAAUAAAACCCCACCCCUCUUCCCAGUCCGAUCCGGUCCAGUCUGUAAUAAAACCUCACCCCUCUUCCCAGUCCGGUCCAGUCUGUAAUAAAACCUCAACCCUCUUCCCAGUCCGGUCUGUAACAAAAUCCCACCCCUCUUCCCAGUCUGGUCUGUAACAAAACCCCACUCCUCUUCCCAGUCUGGUCUGUAACAAAACCCCACUCCUCUUCCCAGUCCUGUCUGUAACAAAACCCCACUCCUCUUCCCAGUCUGGUCUGUAACAAAACCCCACUCCUCUUCCCAGUCCUGUCUGUAACAAAACCCCACCCUUCCUCCUCAGAAACUGGUUGGAGAGAUGGUGAAAAUAUCUCACUGAAAGAGUGCCAGUGUGUUACUAACACACCCCCUGUUCGAGACUCUCCCAUCUAGUGUCCUAGACUUGACAUUAAAAGACGAGCAAUGUGUUAAGAAACUGCACUUUUUAGCAUGGUACCUGGCAUGCUGUUCUGUUUCAGCAAAUUUUUUAAAUUGUGUGUCAGACAGCAUCUGCACAGUGUACAUAUGUGAUACUGUUUUAGUCAUUUUCAGUUCAUGACUAUAACUGAUUGUGUCAGUUUUACUUGUUUUGUCUAUCAUUUUACAGCCUAUCUAGUUUUACAGGUUAUACAGCUACAUUAUGAUCAGUCGUACUAUUAUCAGUAAAUAGUUGGCAGAGGUGUGCUUUUAUUGCAUGCCAGAGGGAGUGCAAUGGCUGUUGCGUUGAAAAGGAUACUGUGAACUACUGUGUGUACGAUGAACAGUCUGAAUGUAGUUACAGUAUUUAAUAACCAUGGUGAUUUUUAUCUUGAAUUGUAAAAAUAUAAAUGAAAGUGUAAUUUCUA